AUGUCUGAAGAAGAUCAACAAGCACCACCUACUCAGGAGGAUGUUAAGACUGGUGAUAACGCGCCGAUAAACGUUAAAGUCGUGAGCUCGUCAGGGGAGGAGGUCUUCUUCAAGAUAAAGCGGGUCACGCCGUUGCGGAAGCUUUUAGUUGCUUAUGCUACUAAAGUCGGGAAAGAGCCUCAUACUAUUCGAUUCCUGUACGAUGGGGCCCGGAUAAACGACAGUGAUACACCUGAAUCAUUGGAGAUGGAAGACAACGACACUAUCGAUGUCAUGGUUGAACGUACGUCUCAUGAUUUUUUUCCACCUUCGUUAUCGACUAAUGUUCACUGCCUUUUAACAGAGGUCGGAGGAUACUUCUCAUAA